GUGCGUUUAGUUUACAUUCGAAACUGGAGCCAGCUGGUCCUCUCGUGUUUGUGUGUUUUGGACUCGAUUCAGGAUAACGGACGGGACUUCGCGAUUUUUUUUCGUUGCUUUGUGUUGAUAGCUGCAUGCAGGAAGGAAGAGAAUGGAUUGUGUAUUGAAAAUUUGAGUCGCAGCCUGUGAGAAAAAAAGGAUGGUGAUUUUCGCAAGGGGGAAGGCUUAGUUAGAUCUCGGUUCAGUUCUGUGGUAGAUGACCCUAUUUUGGGAUUAGUGUGGAGAUUACUUCGACAAGUCAAGAGGAUGAGUGUAUUUUUCUCUUCGGUUGACUGAACAGUCACCUAUAUUCAGGAAUAGCUCUAAAUGCUGAUAGCAACGAAUGAUUUGCGUAUGAAGUCAAUUUAUUUUAAUGUAAGGCAGUGAGCCUUCUUUUAUUAUGUGGGUGGAAAUGUGAAAGACACCAUUUCGUUUCUUCAAUUGUUUCUUUGUGAUGUUGCAGCAAUCAGUCUGUCGCGAGUGACUUUAGGAUUAAAGUGGUUUCAAGCUGUUAUUAUAUUGUGGAACAUAAAUCAUCAGCACUAGGAAUCAAAAUGGGUAAAAUUCUCAUAUAGUCAAUGUGAUCGAUACUCUCGUCAGUAGAUAUCGCAAUCGCCUCCAGCAAUCGUGUCUUGAAUUUAUAGCUGUCCAGCAGAUGAAACACCGUCUGUUGUCUAUAACGCGUGUGCCUAACCAUUCAGUAGUGUGCUCCUUGAUGAUAAUGGGGCUAUGUUUAUAGAAUAUUGAUUCGGAUAAAUCGUUACCCGGAACCGAACGCAAUCGGACUCGGGUUACUCAACUCCAAGUAAAGUGGUUUCAACGAAUCUUCUAUAAAACGAAACAUCGAGACAUUGACGGGAGGCACAAAGGAUAAUAACUACGGCCAACCAGCACGAAGCGGGCCGUUCUACCAGACUGGAGAACGGUAGUAUGCCAGAGGAUAGUGCGGUCAUGGUUGAAGAUGUUAAAAUGAAAAAGUCCCUCUUGCUCUAUGCCGAGGAUGACUCCAAUGGGGAAGCUUCGACGUGCGGCCGUAUUCUCAUCUUUCUCUCCUGGGUCCUGGUGGUGCUGACGAUGCCCUUCAGCCUGCUGGUAUGCUUCAAGGUCGUACAAGAGUAUGAGCGUGCCGUAAUUUUCCGUCUGGGUCGUUUGGUUCAAGGUGGUGCGAAAGGCCCAGGAAUUUUCUUCAUCUUGCCAUGCAUCGAUGCCUACGCACGUGUUGACUUGCGUACCCGCACUUAUGACGUCCCACCGCAAGAGGUACUGACGAAGGACAGCGUGACGGUGUCGGUGGAUGCCGUCGUGUACUAUCGUGUCUCGAAUGCCACCGUUUCGAUUGCCAACGUGGAGAAUGCCCACCACUCGACUCGGCUUCUGGCCCAAACAACGCUGCGCAACACGAUGGGUACCCGACAUCUGCACGAAAUCCUCAGCGAACGGAUGACAAUCUCCGGAAGUAUGCAACUCUCGCUGGACGAAGCCACCGAAGCCUGGGGCAUCAAGGUGGAACGAGUUGAAAUCAAGGACGUCCGUCUACCCGUCCAACUGCAACGUGCCAUGGCCGCCGAAGCUGAAGCCGCGCGUGAAGCCCGCGCCAAGGUGAUUGCCGCCGAGGGUGAACAGAAGGCAUCCCGGGCCCUGCGCGAAGCCUCCGAAGUGAUUGGCGACUCACCGGCCGCCCUGCAGCUGCGCUACCUCCAGACGCUGAACACCAUUUCGGCGGAGAAGAACUCCACCAUUGUGUUCCCGUUGCCAAUCGACAUUCUGACCUAUUUCAUGAAGUCCAAGGAGAGCUACGAAGCCAGUCAUUCGCACUCGUAAGGUGGGCCGUUUGUUGACAAUGGGGCAGAACAAUAGCCACGCUGCUGGUAGAGAACAAACAAGAGCGGAAGUAUUUUCUUCACAUGUACGGUAUGUUUUUUGAUCGAUUCGUUCAUUUUACAAUGGGACUUUUUCUAUUGAAACGAGUACUGUAGCUAAGGAACUAGCCGUUUUAUAAAUAUUUGUGUGUAGUGUUAUGGCAAUAGCUAUCGCCCUCUCUCUGACUAUCUCUUUUCGGCAAAAAAUAGGACGAAAUAGAGCAACAUCAUCAAACCUUUAGCAUUCCACAAAUCUGAGAAUGGGAUAGACAUUGCCAAGAAAUGUCGGUGGAACAGCACCAUGGAAGAAUUCAGAUGUACUUCGAACAAAAUUUACUUGUCUCACUUUGUUGAUUCUUCUCAAUUGUUUCAAAAUAAUCCGUUUUGUUUCUGUUCGACCUAAUAUUUCGUCUGAAUUGGAAGAUACAAUUUUAAAAAAAGGUAUAUCUGUUAUUCCAAGACAAAUGAUGUAUAGUUAAAUGAUUUCAUAAAAAGAACACCAUUGUUAACUCUGUGUUAGAAACCUUGACAGAAGAAAAAUAUUUUUUUUAGUUAAUGUGGGCGAUGACGAUGGUUCUUACGCGUUUUUCCAAAGUUCUUACACGUUUUAUCUAAGUUUUUUUCCUAUUUUUUUUUUUCAAGCAUGAUUAAGAAUAAAGUGGUAAGCAGCAUGUUCGAUUUUCGUUCAUCGAUAAUUUUAAAAUGAAUAAAGCAAACAAAAUGCACGUUUGUUAGUAUGUUUUCACCUCAUUACACAAGAAUGCAUCGCUCGCAAUCGUUUUGAAAUGAAAACAUUACACAAACU